GUUAAAGCUGACAUGGAUCUUUCUUCAUAUCACGUAAUAUCAGAGGUUCGAUUACCGAAGGAAGUUUUGCCUCUCUACUAUGAAGUCAACAUGGAACCUAAUAUAGAAAACCAAAAUUUUAAGGGAAUAGUAAAAAUUCACCUGCAAUGUCUGCUAGAUUCAAAAAAGGUACAUUUUCACGCACAUGGUAACUUAUUGAUUGACAACAGAACAAUCAAACUAAGCAGAUUAAGCACAGAAAAUUUGACCGCAAUCGAAAACAUUACAAUUUCAAGGGGAAGCCGACUUCCUCGAACGGCAAUAUAUGUUUUAUACCUACAAGAUAAAGUUAAAAGAGAAUCUGAAUACCUUCUUGAAAUUGCUUUUAAAGGAAAUAUUUUGGUAGCUGGCGAAGGACUCUUCGGAAGCUAUUAUACCAAUUCGUCAAAUGAAGACCGAGAGGUAUAUUUAGCUACAAACUUGAAGCCUAACAAUGCACGUCGACUGUUUCCCUGCUUCGAUGAACCUGGAAUAAAGGUUCCAUUCAACGUUUCGAUUUCUAGACCAAAGGGAUACAUAACACUUUUCAAUACGCCAUUGCUUCGUACAAUACAGCACCCCGUUUUAAACAGCUACUUGAUGGAUUUUUUUUACAAAACUCCACCCAUGUCUACUCAUACAUUUGGUUUUGUAAUUUCAAAGCUUCAAAUCUGGGAUCAAGAGAAAAUGGUAAAGUUUCCAAACACUCCUACAAUAAAUAUUUGGAACAAUAAAUUACCACCAGUUAUUGUACUGGAGAUUCAAAAUAAACUCAACAUAGCACAUAAAACUAUAAGACAUUAUUUUAAUACAUCAUUGCCCCUUGAGAAGUUUGAUGUAAUAGCUAUCCCUGAUCUUCCAUCAGUUCGAUAUGUCAGCACAUGGGGUAUGCUGAUAGUAAGAGAGUCUGAAUUAUUAAAAAAAGGAACUUUCGCAAUUUCGAGAGAACUUAUUUAUCAAUGGAUUGGUAUAUGGAUAACUCCUGAGUGGUGGACUGAUGCCAUCGUAAACAAAGCACUAAUUAGUUUUAUAGCAUCAGAAAUUGUAAUUGAAAUAAAUGGCGGAAUAGAGUUUAAUGGCAAAUAUCCCAUGACCAUUCUUUACUCAUUGUACUAUGAGUUGAGCAAGAGGUACCCCCAUUCACGCGUAAUCGGAUUGAAACACGAGUCGACUACUUUUAAAGUUGAGCUAAUUAUUCGAAUGCUCAAACUUACACUAGGAGAUCAUACCUUUAAAAUCGGAAUACAACGAUUAAUUUGCAAUUUCAAAUUCAAAACGUAUAAAGGAUCUGACCUGUGGAAUGUUAUUUCCAAACAAGCUGUAGAAGAUAAAACGCUUGAUAGUGAGCUUAGUAUAUUAAAUAUUGCUGAGUCUUGGUUAAAGCAAAGUCGCUUACCACUUAUCACAAUUACUAGAGACUACAAUUCAGGGACUGCAAUUAUACAACAAAAAGUGUAUCUCAGGGAAAGGCCUCAUGAUGUGCCCGAGCAAGACAAAAUGCUUUGGUGGAUACCUAUUGCGUUGGUUCGGCAAGAAACUCUAAACUUUUCUAACUAUAGUCCAUAUAUAUGGAUAAAUAAGACAAAGCAAACGCAAAUUUCAAAUAUGCCAAGCGAAACGAAGUUCAUAAUUGCUAACCAAGAAGAGAUCGGUCCAUUUCCGGUUAACUAUGACGAAAAAAAUUGGGAUAUGUUGCAAAAUUAUUUAAGGACAGAAGCCAGAAGGGAAUUAGUCCCAGUAUAUACUAGGGCAAAACUACUUCAUGACGCCUGGAACUUGGCUUAUGCUGGAGAACUAAAUUUUGCCAUUGCUCUUAAUAUGACUUUAUCCAUGAGAAAGGAACGUAAUCAUAUUGUAUGGAAUCCGGUAUUUACAUUUCUAGACCAAAUCGGCAGGCGGCUGGAUAUGUCGUCAGUUAAAAAAAAGUUUGAGUUGUACGUUAUACACAUUUUGGCUCCAUUAUAUGAUGAUUUGGGUACUGAAAAUGCUAAUGAAGACAUUUGGAAAACAGACUUGCGAAAAUUGACUAAAACAUUUCUUUGCCGUGCGGGCUAUUUUCCAUGUAUCAAGGCUGCACAAAAGGCCUUUGAAGUGUGGCUCAACAGUUCUAAUCCAAACUUUGAAAAUCCGGUACCCAACGAGUUUAUAUGCCCAGUGUUUAAGUGGGGCUCUCUAAAAGAAUGGAUGUUUGGAUUGGAACGAAUAAGUCAAUUUCCAAAGCUCCGUCUUCAAAGUGAUCGCACCUUUUUGUUAAAGAUGCUAGCUGGAUGCCCAUCACAGCGGGAAAAAAUAGAUCACCUGCUCGAUUUGGCCCUUCUACAAAAUGUAUCUUUUUUUUCCGAAUCCGAUAAAAUACUAAUUAUUAAUAUGGUUACCACACAAUCCAUUGGGUACACGACACUAUUGGACUUCCUUUCAAGCAAUUGGAACUAUGUGCAACAAAAGUUUCAAAACAAAACAAAUCUUUGGGGCAAGCUUCUAACAUCUGCGACUGGAAUGUUUUCGACUCAAGAAGGUUACGAGAUGGCCAAAACAUUCUACAAUAAACAUACCGGAGAGUUUGGCAGUGCCCAACACCUUAUAGAGAGAUCGCUUCGAAAUAUUAAAGAAGAAGUUUAUUGGAGUGAACAAAAUUUGCCUGUAAUAGAACAGUGGAUUGACCACGUAUUAUCUCAAACUAAAUAUACAAAUAGUUAGAUACAUAAACCUUAUAUGUAAAAUGUAAAAUGCAAUAUGUAUUCCCAAAUAAACAACUGGUUUAAU